AUCUGCCUAGGACUACAGUCUGCAGAGCUGACCUCUGGGUUCGGACCCCCUCCCCCGCAACUCCCCUUCCCCCCGCAUCACCUCCUCCCAUCCCACUCCACCCCCGCCCGGGAUUGCUGCGCCUGCGCGUAGCAAACUCGCUUUGCUCUGCUCCAGCUCCGACAGUUUCUGCUGGCUCCGGAGAUUCAGACUCAGAGGGAUUCAAGAUGAGCUGCAGUCGCUCGUGUGUCUGUAGCCAUGGCACCAGUGUGGAGGAAAGUACGUGGUAUGGGAUCGAAGCCUACCCCAGUCUCUUCUACAGGGAAAGCGAUAACCCAGAAGGACCCCUCGUCCAGUAUAACUACAGCCCUUGGCCCCCAUUAUGUUGGAAGGUGACUGUGUCCGUGGCGUCCCUGCUUCUCCUGCUCGGUGUGGCAGCCCUGACCACUGGCUAUGCAGUGCCCCCCAAACUAGAGCUGGUCAAUGUCAGUCGCUUCUCAUCUUUGGAUGAUCCAAUUGCCGACUAUAACCAAGCUCUGAUCACCUGCCGUGUGGCAGGAGCAACACUGUGCGGGACAGCGGGGAUCCUGCUGGCUGUCUGCCUCUUCUUGGCCACCUCCAGUUGGCUGAACCAGGACAUCAAGGCAGAGCCCUUGGUCUCCGAAGCUGACAGCCCUGUGGAGGUCUUCAGAGAUGAGCCCGAGCAGCUGUCCCCUGGCUUCCAUGAUGUCAGCAAUCAGUCUUGGUUCUUGACUCCCACCAGUCCUUUGGGGCCGUGUUCUGUGCAGACCAGCCAGCCCCAAAAGGACUCCUAAGUCUGCAGGCUAGAGAAGGCAGACACUUCCCCCCGGCCCUCCUCGCCCAUCACCCUUCUUCUGUGCUGUAGUGCCAGUCUCUCCAGAACCCUCAGAGCCCCCUCCCACCCCCCAGUAAGUCUUAUGCGCCAAUCUGCUCAAGACGGGUAAACUCAACUAAGAACGCCCGUCCAGGCUGGUGAAAUGGCCAGCGAGUGAAGGGCCUUCCUGGCAAGAUUGACAACCUGAGUUCCAUAUCUGGGACCUACAAGGUGGAAGAGGCCUGGCUUCCUCUG